GAAGUUUGUGUUUGCAGGGAGAGCUAGAUCAGGAGAGACAACAGCACGAGGUAAUGAUUGCUGCCAUGAGAGAAGAAGAAAAGUUCAAAGUUGACAGAAUGGCUCGGGACUUGGAAAUUAAAUGGACAGAAAAUCUUCGACAGGAAUGUAAUAAGCUUCGUGAAGAGCUGAGGCUUCAGCAUGAAGAAGAUAAGAAGGCAGCUAUGACUCAACUAUUGCAGCUUAAAGAACGUGAAAAAAAUGCAGCCAGGGAUGGAUGGCAAAAAAAAGUUGAAGAUCUUUUAGACCAGCGGCACUGUCUCGGUGAAGCUUUGCAUAAAUCUAUCAGCAAUAUCUCCUUGCUCAAGCAGAAUCUGGAGAUGCAGCUUUCCCAGUCACAGAGCUCUUUACAACAGCUGCAAGCCCAGUUCAGUCAGGAGCGCCAGAGGCUGACUCAGGAGAUCCAGGAAUUAGAAGAAGAGCAUCAGCAAAGGCAUAAGUCACUUCAGGAAGCUCAUAUCCUUGCCUUUCAAAAUAUGGAAGAAACAAAAGAGCAAGAACAAAAGGAAUUAGAAGAACGUUUACAACAAAAGCAUUCAGAAGAACUUCAGGCACUGAAAGAAACACACAAACAAGCCAUGGAAGGUUUCAAAUUGGAGAUGGAACAGGAACUUCAGACUCUGCGAUUUGAGCUGGAGGAUGAAGGAAAAGCUAUGUUAGGUACAGUUUUUUUCAAACUUGGAGCUAGAUCUGAAAAUAUUACUUAUAAAUAUUUACUCAUACACGUGCAUGCACAGGCCUACCUGUAGAUGUGUAUAAAUGUACGUAAUAUCACUGUAGUGCCAUUCAGUUUUGAUGUAAUUGUUCCUCUUAAAAUCAGUAGAAGUAUAAGCCUUAACAGGUAAGUCAAACUUGUUCACUUUUGAA